AUGUCAAGAAAUAGCCGACGCAGAUACUUUGCUCGUCGACAAGGUCGUAUUACUCGUCAAAAUGCUAGAAAUUUAGCAGAACAAAUCAAUCAAUUAAAAAGUGAGUUGAGUGAUGAAAGGGAAGCUACCAUGACAUGGAAGAGAAGAUUUAAUCGAGCAAGAACAGAAGUAUCACUUGUAAGAGCAAGAGAGAAAUAUUUGAAAAAAAAGGUUAAUCAAUUAAUAGAAUUUAAUAAUGAAGAAACUAGUAUUUGUUGGAAUUUACGUGAAGAGAUUUCAAGAUUGAAUAGGGAAAUCGAGAGGUUAGAAGGAAAUUGUAAUAAUAGGGGUUGGACAAGUGAAUAA